UGAAUGUUAUCGAACGUGUCACGUUGCAAAUGUCUUGCAACUUGUGAGUGAAAGCGGUUAUUACGAAGGAUCGACUGCUUUGUAGUGUUUUGGUUCUUCCCCCGUAACAGCCGCUGAAUUUGCAGACAUGUCUGGCACAGUCAAGAAUGUCGUUAUAUUCGGGUCUACAGGAAUGACGGGAUUGGUGACCUUACCACAGGCAGUCGCUGCAGGCUACAACGUGACAGUGCUGGUGAGGGACCCUGCCAGGCUGCCACCGGACCACAAGGCUUCAAGAGUGGUGGUGGGCGAUGUGCUCAACAAGGAUGACGUGAGGAAGGCGAUGGAGGGCCAGGACGCUGUCAUCAUCAUCCUGGGCACCAGGAAUGACCUGAGUCCCACCACCAUGAUGUCUGAAGGAACCAGGAAUAUUCUGGAGGCCAUGAAAGCUCGUGGGAUUCGGAAAGUGGUCGCCUGCAUGUCCGCCUUCCUCCUGUGGGACCGCUCCAAGGUGCCCCCCCGCCUCCUGCCCGUCACUGAGGAUCAUGACAGGAUGUACAUGGUGUUGAAGGAGUCUGGGCUGGAUUACGUAGCUGUGAUGCCUCCCCAUAUUGCUGAUAACCACCCCUUAACCGAGAAGUACACAGUCACUGAGAACAUGCUGAAGGGGCGCGUCAUCUCCAAGUUUGACCUGGGCCACUUCUUUGUCAAGUGCCUCUCCACGUCUGACUGGGACGGAAAGACCGUGGGAGUUUGUGGGGAGUACAGUUAACCCCUGCAAGACAAGUCACCCCCACAAAAAAAAAAAAAUAAAAAAACAGAUCACCCAUAAGAGAUUUGACAGUUUGCAUUGCUGCUCCACUAGUCCACCUUGCUGAUCAGAACUUUCAUGCACUAAAUGUGGUAGAUUGCAGUUGUUGGUGAUUCUUUCCCAAUCAAAGAUAGCAGCUUACUAUAAUCUUGUUCUACAAGCUCAGUCAGCAUCUUGGUGCAGCGAUAUAUUACAUAUGAAUUUUACAUUUUGUUGAACUGCAUUGUUUGUGCCAUUUGAUCUUCCAUCACACUGCUCCAGAGCUCCAUUUCAGAUGCACUAAAUCUUUUUGUUGAGUGCUACUAGCUUAUAUAUGUUGGCAAUCCUUCCUUUAUUUGAAUUACAGAUACAAAGAUUUUUUCUUAUUAAGUAUUCGGUAAAUUUGAAUUAAAUAUUUGUCUGACAGCAUUUAUACAAGGUAUACACAAUUUAAGGCAUAAAUCAAGUCUUUUACUAUUUGUUACUAUUACUAACAUACCCAGGCAAGCUGUUAAGGUGUAUAACGUUUUCAUGGGUGAGUUUUUUUGGCAAUACCUUUUGUAGCACCUCUUUCUAUCAAGCAUUAAAUGGUU